CAAACUCACUCUUUCAUAAUGUCGUCGCUUUUCGGUUCCGGCUCUGCCGCCCCCAUUCAGACCUCCGAGGAGAUCAAGGCAGCCGUCAUGCGCCAGCUCCAGCAGGAGGCCGCCAUGUCCAACGCCCGCUCCCUGAUCGGAAAAAUCAACAAGCACUGCUUCAAGGCUUGCGUUCCCGCCCCCGGUACCUCGCUCUCGGCCAAGGAGAACACCUGCCUGUCCAGCUGCAUGGAGAAGUACAUCGCCAUGUGGAACCUCACAAGCAAGACCUACAUCGCCCGUGUCGGUGUGGAGACUAAGCGUCUCGGUGGUCAGGAUGCUGCUGCCAUUGCCUCCAUGGCUACUGGCAUGCCCGAGGGCGGCAGCGGAAUCCUAGGCUAA